AUGCCAGCACAGACCGUCCACCUACCUAAUGGGCAGACCUAUACGGUGACUCCUAUCUUCGGCGGAUAUACCUUCAAAUCUCAUGACCUCGACCUACACCACUCCGCGAUGCCUCCUGGCUGGACGGUGAAUAUCAUGACGGAGGAUGAAGUCGAGGACGACGAGGAGCGCAUCAGACACAGGAGCAAAAUAUACAUUGGAACAGGAGAAGAGCCACCAGAGCCUACCCACCAAAAACACACCGUCUCACAUCGCUUCACAAGACCGACCUUACGCAACGACAGUCUUUUCAUCUCCUCGGUUUCAAUUCCCUCAAGCAGCGAUUUCAAGACCCCGACUUCUCCCACUCGACACAUUGCCAUGAUGCUAUGGGCUACAUUGAGCUGGUAUUUUCACAAAGAUCCACCUUCGCCACAGCUGGACAAUCCUUUUCUCUCCGAACUACCUCAAGCAGGCAGACCCAAGGGCGAUUGGCGCAUAAAGAUUCGCAGAGAAGGCAUUUUCAAAUCUCGGAAUACUCUACCGAAGCUGGAGCGCAUGGGCUUGGUGACUUCUGAAGAUUCUUCCGUUGGGACCGAUACCGAUCUACGCAGCCCAGAUGGCUGGACCGAUUGCUUUGUCUCGAGGCGUGCCUUCUGGCAAAUUGACGCACGCCUCUUCCUGUUCACUCUUGCCCCUGUUCAGCACAGUCCUAUGCCUGCACAGUCACCUUAUCCGUCUCGUCCAGGAUCACCUGAGCGAGGUCAAGUAGGGAGCAAUAAUCGAAGCAGUCCUCGUCCGCCUCUAUCUUCAGAUAUGAGCUCAGCUGCUGCUCUCAUAGACAUUGCCCACACUCCAGGCGUCUCCUCACCUGGUGGGCCGUUUACAUCCGGCUCUCAUCUGCCCACGUAUUAUCCUGCUCCGCCCACACAAUACACUUUCAGCAACUACAUCCGGCAUCCCAUACGUCCGAAGCCUCCUAGGCAAAGCGAAACCUUUUACAACCGAUAUAUUCCUUCCCUUGACAGCUGGCUCUCUUUUCGUGUACCUUGUCUCUCUUCGAAACCUGUCCCCUACCUCGGUCCAGGUGCUCCUCGCCUAUCAGCAUCCACAAAUCCAGCCAAUGCAGCUACCCAAUCGAAUUCCAUUUCCAGCAUCAGCAUCGCAACGCUACCUACCCUAGCAAACUUCACCGAGCGACUCCCAGACACCGAGAUCCUGAAUAAGUGGAUGAACGACCCUCGAGUCAACGCAAGUUGGGGCGAAGCUGGGCCAUUAUCACAUACCAUCCAGUUUCUCACCAACGCAUUAUCAUCAAGACACUCCUUUCCAGUAUUUGGCUGCUUCGACGGCAAACCGUUCGGCUAUUUCGAAAUCUACUGGGUCAAGGAGGAUAAAUUCGGCAGAUUCCUGGGCGGAGAAGUCGGCAAUUGGACUAGAGGUCUUCAUUGCCUUGUUGGCGAGCAAGACUUCCGUGGUCGACAUAGAGUAAAAGUAUGGCUUAGUGCGCUUGUGCACUAUUGCUGGUUGGCAGAUAUGAGAACUGACCAGAUUAUGCUUGAACCGAGGACGGACAAUGAAAAGUUUAUUGACUAUUUGCACGAUGUGGGAUUCUACAAAAAAGGUGAAGUCUCGUUUCCGCACAAGCAAAGUGCGGUGAUGAAGAUCGAUCGAGACAUUUGGGAGGCACCCUUCCUAUGA